AUGCAAUACGUUCUAAAAUAUUGCAAUUUCGUAAGUCGGGAACAUCUGGCAAUACAUCUUGAAAACGGUCAACGUGUAUACUUUACUGGAGAAAAUGUUCUCCAAAGAGCGUUCGAAGCUCCGAAAACGACUCUAACUGAAUUUUUUACAUUGUGUCAAAAACCUGAUGUUUUUGGCCAAUUCGCGAAGACAUUGGUGUAUGGUGAUGUUCCACGUUACUUCACAUGGAACAAAUCCAGUAAAAAAUGGGAGCCACGGAAACAAGGAAAACCACAUCCUUCCAUUACAGGCAUAUUCAAAGCUAAGACAUUGGGGAGACUUUACACGGUACAUCCAAAGCAACGUGAGUGCUUCUAUUUACGUUUGUUAUUGGUGAAUGUUCCCGGACCAACGUCUUUUGAAUUUUUACGAACAAUUAAUGGUCGAGUAUUCAAUACAUACCAGGAUGCAUGUCGUGAACUGCAAUUGCUAGAAGACGAUAACCAUUGGGACUUAACGCUUGCUGAUGCUGCGUUGACAUCAACACCGAAUAACAUUCGUCAGUUGUUUGCAAUUAUUUUGACGACAUGUUAUCCCUCGCAAGCACAAACUUUGUGGGAAAAAUAUAAAAAUUGUAUGACAGAAGACAUCUUGCACCGAAUUAGACAAACAAAUCAAUGCCAAAACAUAGAUUAUACACCAGAGAUGUACAAUGAAGCAUUGGUCUUGAUCGAGGAUUUAUGUGUUCUUAUUUCAAAUUUACCACUUAAUCAUUAUGGUAUGCCAUCACCUAAUCGUCCAGCCACCGACUUAGUCAAUACCGAUUUACAACGAGAAAAGCAAUAUGACCAUGGAAGUUUAGCAACAAUUAUCAUGAACAGUGAACCAUUACUGACAGCAGAACAAAAAAUUAUUUAUGAUCGGAUUAUGCUGGCUGUUGCUGCUGAACAAGGCGGUUUUUUUUUCUUGGAUGCACCCGGUGGAACCGGUAAGACAUUUUUAAUAUCGUUGAUUCUUGCCAAAAUACGGUCGCAACAAAAAAUCGCAUUAGCAGUAGCAUCGUCAGGCAUUGCGGCUACUUUACUGGAUGGUGGGCGAACAGCACAUUCAACAUUCAAGCUGCCAUUGGACGUUCAUAAUAAACCAGAUGCAAUGUGUAACAUCAAAAAGAAUAGUGGAAUAGCUGCAGUGUUGCGAAAGAGUUCUAUAAUAAUUUGGGAUGAGUGCACAAUGGCACACAAAUAUUCACUUGAAGCAUUAAACAGAACUAUGCAAGAUUUAAACAGCAAUAAUAGACUUUUCGGUGGUGUUAUCUUACUUUUGUCUGGUGACUUCCGGCAGACCUUACCGGUUAUACCUCGCUCAACUUUCGCGGAUGAGAUUAAUGCAUGUUUGAAACAAUCAUUCUUAUGGCGAAGUGUUGAAACACUUCGAUUGACCAUAAAUAUGCGAGUACAAUUGCAAAAUGAUCCAUCAGCACAAAUAUUUUCCGAACAACUACUAGAUAUUGGGAACGGUAAAAUAGAACUGCAACCAAAUACGCAAUGCAUUAAACUACCAGACAAUUUUUGCACUGUUGUUCAGGAUAAAAAUGAAUUGAUUCAGAGUAUUUUCCCGGAUAUACAGAAUAAUUAUUUGAAUCAUGAAUGGCUCAGUCAACGGGCGAUUUUGGCAGCCAAAAACGUUGAUGUUGACGAAAUUAACUUCCAGAUACAACAGUUGUUACCAGGCGAUCUGAUGUCUUUUAAAUCAAUCGAUACUGUUGUUGAUGAAAAUGAAAGUAUUGGUUCCCCUAUUAUUCUCCUCCGUAAUUUGAAUCCGCCUCAAUUAUGUAACGGUACGCGUUUGGUCAUCAAAAAGAUCACCGGUAACAUUCUUGAAGCAACCAUUUUGGCUGGGAAGUUUAAAGGAAAAGUGGUUUUGCUGCCACGUAUUCCGAUGAUACCAUCAGAUUCUACCAUACCCUUCAAAAGGCUACAGUUUCCAAUUCGUUUAGCUUUCGCCAUGUCUAUAAAUAAAUCUCAAGAUCGCUCGAGGGGGUUGCCAUGGCGACGGAUAAUACCUGUUGAAGAUGCGUACGUCAUCGGGGGUAUUGACGUCACGCAGACACAUGUUUGCCCUUGCGAAGCUGCUGCUGCUAGAAGCGCUGAUUUCGUAUUGUCAACUUAUCCCGUUAACGAGUUCUCAAUAUAUUCAACAGAAUUUAUCUCAUAA